GCCGGGCGCGGGCGUACGCCGAGGUGAACAGCCUGAGGAGCCGCGAGUACUGGGACUACGAGGCGCACGUACCAAGCUGGGGGUAAAGCGCCCCGCGGGGAUACCUCCCCCCCCCCCCCCCGAUCCCUUUCCCCGGCGGCCCCGCACCCUCCGGGCCUGAGCCCACCGGGAGGGUUCCGUGAUGGAUUCCCCUCUCCCCCCCGUUUUGGGGUUUCUCCCGGGGGCUGCGGGGGGAGCUGGGAGAGGCCACCCUCCACCUUGGCCUGCUGCCCCGUCGGUUAUUGUGUGUCGUCCCCCCUCUCCUCUUGGUGCCCGCAGCAAUCAGGACGACUACCAGUUGGUUCGCAAGCUCGGGCGAGGCAAGUACAGUGAGGUAUUUGAGGCCAUCAACAUCACCAACAACGAGAGGGUCGUCGUGAAGAUCCUCAAGCUCCAAAGUGUCUGCCAGGCUCUUUGUGUGCCUUAAAGGUGAAUCAUCUGUUCUGGAGUAACAGUGUUCCUGGGAGAUGUGAACAGCAUUGCAAGUUGCCACUCUAAAAGCCAAAUAUAAACUUUCCACACUGCUUGCAACUUUUAUGGGUGAUUCUCUGUGGUGAGAACACUGUUGUUCAGGUUACCUACAGCUGUGGCUGUUGGUGAGCUUCAGCCGUACCUCAGCAUCCUUCACAACCUUCUUGUACUGAUUACCACAAUCUUUAGAAAACAUGUAGAUGUGGCACUUAGUGACAUGAGUGAGUAAUGGACUUGGCAGUGCUGGGUUAAUGGUUGCGCUUGAUCUUAAAGGUGUUUUCCAACCUAAACAGUUCUCUGAUUCUGGGAUCUGAGUGUCCGCUUAAGGCGGAGAUGACAGCAUCCAUAUUGUCAGCUCUGUGCAGGAGUCCUCCUGCUUUCCUGAUGCACACGUGUGUCUGUGUACACUGCUUGCAAAGCAUUAAACCCAGAGACUGUUUUGCCUACUUGUAUGGUUACUGUCUGCAUAGGCACAACACCCAGGUGGAGCUAAGGGCAAGAAUGCAGUUACAAGGAGAGGGACCAGUGAAAUGGAGGCUCUGCAGCAUGAUGAAAUAGCCCCUUUCUCCUUUGGUGGCUUUUGUCCCUCUGUGCUGAGUCCACGAGCAGGAACUUUCAACCAUGUACAUGGUUUCACAAGUGCAUUCUUGUUUGUUUGGCUCUGGUUUUCCCCUGUUCCCCCUUUUGGGCUGUGUGAACCCUCCAGAGCUGCUGCUCAUACCAGGCGCUGCUGCAAGGUCCUUCCAGCGCCGAACUCAAAUUGUUGCUCUAAUAGCUAGGGAACCAUUUGGGGGAGGUAGCCCUGUGGCUCUGGUAAAUGAUGUUCUGUCUCUAAAAGCUUUAGAGCCCACAUACAUCAGCAUGUUCUAGAUGGGGGGUGAAAUGACUCCUGUGCUGGUG